ACGCACCAUCCCCGAAAAGCUUCUCUCCCGUUAAGCCAGGCCGGCGAGGCUGCGUGCGUGCAUGCAUGCGGCGACGUCGGCCGGCGGCUGCAGCAUGGCCCUGAUCGACCUCGGGCGAGGAGGCGGCGGCGGCGGCUCAGGCACCGCGCCGGCCAAGCCCCGGCUGGUGAUGAUCGUCGCCGAUCCCGGCCGCGAGUCGACAGCGGCGAUGGAGUGGGCGCUCUCCCACGCCAUUGUCGAGGGCGAUGACAUCAUGCUCCUCCACGUCAACAUGCCCUACCCCCACAACGGGGCCGCCGGUCCCUCACGCUCCUCGUCUGGCGGGAGCACCGGUUCCCCGAUCGCCGCGCUCCUAGGUGGAGGUGGUGGCUCGGGCGCCGGCGGCGCGGAUCCUCAUCCGGUGGAUUUCGUGGAGGCGAUGCGCGCCGCGUGCAGGGCGCGGUACCCCCGCGCGCGGGUGCACGGGGAGCGCGUCGAGCCCGCUACCGAGGGCCGGGAAGCCAAGGCGCAGACCAUCCUCGCCGAGUCCCAGCGACGCGGCGUCGAGGUCCUCGUCAUUGGCCAGCGCCGCGUGUCGUCCUUCCUCGGGUUAAGGAGCCCGAGCGGGUCGAGCCGCGGGCACGACACCACGGCGGAGUUCUUGAUCGAGCAUAGCAAGUGCCUGUGCGUAAGCGUGCAGAAGAAGGGCCAGAAUGCCGGAUACCUGCUCAACACAAAGACCCACAAAAACUUCUGGCUCCUAGCAUGAACGUAUAUGUACUCGAUCCAUGGAUCGAUCGGUCAGGCUUGUUUUAAUGUAUGUACAUACGUACAUUAGGCAUCUUGCGCAUAUGCUCCUACACUAUGCUUGCUUCGAUCAUUUUACCAGUUAGAUCCUUGCAUGCUCGAACCGGCGGGUGGGAACAAACAAUGUCCGGCUUUAAUUUGUUCGUGAUUCGCGCCACCCGCUCUCUUUUUAACUGACCACUUGGGGCACCUCGGCUUACCGCGUGGGGUGGACAUCUAGUACAUAAACAGAGCGUCGAGACGCUGAACCGUAUGCCCUUGUUUUUCCCCAGUUUUUUUUUCAUGAUGCGGCCAAGCACAUGUUUCAAUACUAGCAAAAA